CCAGCGUUUCCUGAGCGAUGAACUGACAUUUCCAAAGGUGCGUAUCUAGGGAGACGCCUCUGGGCAUCUGAGACAAGCUGGCAGCUCGCAGGAGAGCACCGGUGCUGUGUUUGGGUACGGGUGUGCAGCUGUUUUCCCUGAAAUGCCCCUCGCCCUGUUUCUGGCGGGGCUUGGGGGGCUCCCCCGGCUGGGCGGGUUGCAGGUGCCGUAGCCACGGGGAUGGGAAGGAGAGCGGGGAUCUCCCCUGCCCACCCUGCCAUCGCCUGCUCGGUAACCGAUUAUGACCUCACCUGUUCCGUGCCCCGGCAACAGUUUCCGGGUGCGGGGAGCUGGGCUCCACCCGUGGCCACAGCCCGGGCUGUCUCCAGUGCGCGAGGAGCUGCGAUGGAUGCCACACGCGCGGCGGGGCCGAAGGGCCGAGGCAGGAGCACCAGCUCCGUGCCGGGCCGGAAGGCAAAGCUCAGCCAGCACGCCCAGGAGCUGCGCACCAUCAUCGCCUUGCAAGAGGAAGAUAGGGAGUCUUUCACGUGGUCCUGCGGGGAAGAGGUCCGACAGAAGAGAGAGCGGCUGCCCCCCCUGUGUGAGACGGUGCGGGACGCCCGUGCCGCGAGCGAUGCCCAGAAGCUCGACCAGCCCCCCAGAUCAAAGGCCUCCCAGAUCCCGUCCUGCCAAGGGAGCGACGAUGUCCUGGAGCAACGUCCUGGCAUCUGUAGCUCUACCUCAGUGCAGUUUUCCAGACAGGACCCUUGUCCUGCGAGAAGGUGCCCAGCGAGCCCUGCCUCUGGCCUGGCCAACGCUCCCAUGUCCAUGCAGGUGACCCAGGAGAAGCUCCGAGCUGAAAUCCAUGCGCGGGUGAACACCUGUAACUUGCUGCUGGACCAGGUGAGGCAGCGGAGUCAAGUCCGGGACGAGCUGCAGAGGCGACUGCAGCGCCUGCAGGCUGUGGAGAAGGAGGACAAGCAGCACCAGGCGCAGCUGCAGGCCAUUCGCCAGCUGGAGAACAGCAUCGAGAAGAUGCUCUUGAAAGUUCAGGCUGCACAGAAGGUGACAGCCCUGUACGUGGAGGUGCGGGAUGCCCUGCGGAAGGAGCUGGACCAGCUGCCUAUGCACCUGGACCUCCUGUGUGGGACGGCGGAACGCUACCAUAGGCAGCUGGAAGAUGCAGAGCUCGUGGCUGCAGAUGCCCGCAGAGAUGCUGCUGUAACCAAGGGCGAUGUGAAGAAGUUAAAAGCCCAGUUGCGGGCAGACAGAGAGUUCAGGUGCCGCUCUAAGGCCGCGCUGGAGCGGCAGGUCAAGGAAUCAUUCAUAUGGCAUCUGAGAGAGCAAGCCAGGCAGAAGCUCGCCGUGGACUUGUUGAACAUGCAGCUGCAGGACUCUAUUGAGGGAACCCAAGUGGAGGACACCGAGUCCCAGGAGGAGUACAAGGCCUGGGUCACCAAAAAGAUGGAGGAGGCCAAGGCUGCGGUGCCGUGCUCCCACGUCUGGGACAUGGCUGGCAGGUUCCUGGAACAGCAGAAGGCCUCGGCGGACCUGGAGCGGUAUCUCCAGCAGUGCAAGGAGAAGCAGCAGGCGCUGAAGGAGACGCUGCACCAGCUGGAGCUGAAGCACAAUGAGCUGAAGCUUCGCCAGCCCCCCAACACCUUCAGUUGUGUGGAUGUGAAUGUGUCUGGCUGCAGGAAGCUGGAGGAGGAGCUGAGGAGGGAGCUGCAGCGGGAGGAGGCUCGGCGGGAGCAGAUGCGAGCCCAGAUGCUGAAGGAGGAGGAUCUGCUGCUCCAGUUUGAGAACGCUGUCAACAACCUCGUCGUCCUGCUGCGUGGCAUCACGGUGCCUGGCCAGGAUGCUUCUGUCCAGGCCCGGGAUGCGCAGGAGAAGCUCCAGCACUGUAGGCAGAAGCUGCAGUACCUGGUGCAGCGCACGGCCAGCCUGCCCCCCGACAGCCACAGCCUCAACGAGGACAAUAAGGCUUUUGUCAAGGUGCGAAAUCUCCUGGAGCAGUCGAUGGCAGAGGAUCCCCGGAACCCGAAGAUUUCCUUGGAGGACACCGAGGGUAGGAGAGCACAGCGGGGACACGUCCCCCAGCGCCUGUCCCAGCCCCUGCCCACAGGCAGUUCUGAGCGUCCUCGCCUGUCUCCCACUGUCCCAGCAGACCCCGACCCAGGAGCUGCCUCCAGACCUUGGCUCCAGACCUUCGUGGGAAGCCCCAGCAGUGUUGGGGGGGGACCCCAGCGGUGGCAUCCCCAGGCCCUGCACGUCACCCUGGGACGCUGGGCUGGGAGAGCCCGUCACAGUGCCUGUGCCCGAGGGCCUGGCACGGGGCUCUCUGGGAUGCCACCAGCCCUACAAAACGGCCACAUCACCCCAGGGACACAGGCACAGCAGAGGUGGCCCCGCAGACCCUCCCCAACCUGCUCCUCUCUGCUCUCUCCUCCAGACCCCCCUGCUUCUGACGAUGAAGACGAUGACCAUGUCCUCUGCCGGGAGGACAUCAAGAAGCAGGGGCUGCUCCUGAUUGAAGCCAAAAAGAAACGGCUGGUCCAUGCACUAAUGCUCUGGGCGCCCCCGACCACCCCUUCGGCUCGGGAUGCCCCCGACCACUCGCUUUCUCAAUAA